AUGAGGGCGUGCGGGCGCGCGGCGUUUUGCUGGGCCCUGCUGUGCCUCGCCGGUGGCCUGGCGGCGCCGCGCCGCCUCUAUUGCGAGCGCGCCGACGUGGCGUGGCGGGCCUACCGUGCGCCGGCUGCCUUCGAGGCGCGCGUGCAGUCCCUGGCGCACGACGCCGCCACAGUGCAGGUGCGCCGCGUGCUGCGCCGCCAGGGCCGCUGGCCCCGCGAGGACUCUAUUCUGCGCCUUGAGCUGCCGCGGGAGCCCCUCGAGUGCUCGGGACGUUUCGAAGUGCCUUUGGAGAAUAGAAAGAACUAUAUCGUGUUCGCGGAGCGACACGGGCACGCCGCGGUGGCGCUGGGCCCGCCGCUGCGCCGCACCGCCAAGCUGAUGCGCCGCGUGCGUGCCGUCUACAGGCAGGGCUACAGCAGUCCGGCGCGCGUGGAGGCAAUGUCAGACGUGCGGGUGUCGCGUGGUGGGCGCGUGCGAGUGGAGUGCCGCGCCAGCGGGCGACCGCCCCCGCGUAUCUCCUGGUACAAAGACGGCAAGCCGGUCGCAGAUAUCGCGCUCAGAAGAUUUCGGGUGCAGAACUACAGACGGCGCUCGGUGCUGGUGAUCCGGCACGCGCGCAAGGAGGACGCGGCGCGGUACGAGUGCCGGGCGCAGGGGGCGACGGGUCCGCCCGCCGUCGCCAGUGCCAAUGUUACCGUGCUGCUGCCGGCCGCCGCGCCGCCAGACACAGCGUCCCUGGGCGCGCCAUGUCCUAUGCCGGACCCGGCUUCGUACUGCCUCAACGGAGGCACAUGUUUAUAUUUCGAAUUAGUUCAAGAGCAAGCUUGCAAGUGUCCAGAAGGAUUCAACGGGCAACGCUGCGAGAACAAGGACGUGUCGAACAGGAGCAGUAUGUCUCAUUCCUACACAUGCAAACUGGGCCUUUCCACGUCCUAUUACUGCUAGCCCGCGCCGCGCCGCACUGCGCUCGCGACGCUUAGCCCACCUCGUUCCAAUUUUAUAUUUAAAAAUUUAGAUCGCAACAACGCACCGAACGCACCAAAUGUCCGCCAGAUAGUCGAUAUAGUUGCGUUCCGGAUUCGUGUUUGUUAUUGGGGUUUUGUUUCAUCAACUGAAUGAGUAAUUCAACUAGUUUCAAUUGGAUUUGAUAACGAAAAAUUGCAAUUAAUAACAAUAACUUAGAAUAAUUACAUUAACUAAAGACAUUAAUAAUAUUCUAAGAUAACUUGUGAACAAUGUCAUAUCACGUAUCUUAAAGCGGACUUUCAAAAAGUUAUUUUAGAAAUUCUAAAGUAUUUUAUUACAUUUACUAAACCAUGCCGUAAUCUAGUACUAAUGUAACAACUUUUGAAAUCAAAACCCCAAUAAACAACUUGGUUAAACACUUUAUAAAUCACGAGUAUAUAUUUGAAAAUAGGACGUUACUUAAAAUUUGGUUUUAUAUUAUUAGGAUACAUAAUAGCAAAAUGACAUUUUAAUUGUUAAGCAAUUAAGCAAUUGGCGUUAACAAUGUUUGAUAAAUUAGAUCCAAUCUCAAUACCUUUUCAAAGUGACAAAUGUGGAAU